CUGGAAAGUGAAGAACUUAAAAGAUGGCGGACGAAGAGGAGAGGUAUCCUCUUCAUGAGUGUGUUUUUAGUGGAGAUGUUAGAAAACUAUCGGCGUUGAUCAGAAUCCACGAUGUUUCCAGAAGAGAUAAGCAUGGAAACACUGCACUUCACUUGGCAGUUAUGCUUGGCCGUAAAGAGUGUGUUCAUCUACUGCUGGCCCACGGAGCUCCAGUUAAAGUUAAGAACAAUGCAGGUUGGAGUCCCUUGGCUGAAGCUAUCAGUUAUGGUGAUCGGCAGACAAUUUCUUCUCUUGUACGAAAGCUAAAACAACAAGCAAGAGAGCAGAUGGAGGAAAGAAGACCCAAUUUAGUUGCAGCUCUUCAUCAAAUGGGAGAUUUUUAUAUGGAGUUAAAGUGGGACUUUCAGAGUUGGGUUCCGCUAGUAUCCCGAAUCUUACCAUCAGAUAUAUGCCGAAUCCAUAAAAGAGGGUCUUCAAUCCGUCUUGAUACAACAUUAGUAGACUUCAACGACAUGAGGUGGGAAAGAGGAGACAUCACCUUCCUCCUCAACGGAGAAGUGAAGCCAAGCCAAUCGCUUGCUGUUCUUGACAAUAAAGCUUGCCUCUUUCAAAGGGUCAGAUAUGAAGAGACUGAAAUGGAAAUUGAAGAUGAAGUUGACAUCCUUAUGAGCAGUGACAUACUGGCCGCACAAAUGUCUACAAAAUCCAUCACCUUCACAAGAGCACAGACAGGCUGGAUAUUCAGGGAAGACAGAAAGGAGUUGGUUGGUCCUUUCCAAUCCGAGUUUUAUAUUAUAAAUGGUAUGCUGUUGGAAUCACGGAAAAGAAGAGAACACUUAUCUGAAGAAGACUUGCAGAAGAACAAAGCUAUUAUGGAAAGUCUAACGAAGGGUAACACUCACGGGUUGGAUACUAAUGGAGAACCUGUGCGGAGGUUAUCGUUGACACCUCCCCCCCAGAGCCACAUCACAUGGGACGAGUACAUAUCAGCUCCCAUCGGUGAUCCUCCAACAUUGGGACGAGAAAUGGUACAUAAAGAAAGUAGCAAGGCUUUCAAAGCUACUGUUGCCAUGAGUCCUGACUUUCCUCUGUCUGUGGAUAUGUUACUUAACGUACUCGAGGUGAUUACACCUUUCAAACACUUCAACAAGCUCAGAGAGUUUGUACAGAUGAAGUUGCCACCUGGUUUCCCUGUCAAGAUCGACAUACCUAUACUUCCCACCGUGACUGCCAAGAUUACAUUCCAAGAGUUUGCCUUUCGAAAUGACAUCAGGCCAGAACUGUUUGAAAUUCCUAGCCACUAUGUAGAAGAUCCUACAAGAUUCUUCUUCAUCGAUGGUUGAACAGAUCUCGUGGAUUGGCGGUUGGAUGUCGGUAAUGUCGAGAUUCCCCGACUUAUGACGCCCAGAACGGGUGACUUUACUGGAAUGGUCGAUGCGGCCUCAUCUCGCUCUCGAGUUCCCCAUCGGUAGUGCGUAUUGCGUCAUCAACAUAGGCUCGGAACCUCAGACCAUGUAACAGUCCACCCUCCAGUCCUUAUGUUUUAAUGUUUUGUAUUAUAUUGUACAUUUACAUAUUGAAUAUGUUUGUUAUUGUUAUUUAACUUUUAGUAUUUAUUUUACAGUUGUAAAAUAAUUGAUCAUGAUUUUAGUUCUACAUUUUAGUUGUUAUACUGAAAAUACAACAGUGUUAUUUAUUAUUUAUACAAUUUUUAUAAUUAUAAGUUCCUGUUUUAUUAAUAUUAUUUAUUUUAGUUUAGCAAAUGUGCUUUUUGGGUUUUUAGAGCAAAAUUAAGAGUAUUUGGUCGCCAAUAACUUGAAAUUAAGAUUGCUUAAUACUAUUUAGUUAAAAUCCUUUAUUGCAUAACUUGACUGACACAUUUGUUGAUAACAAUUGCAUACUUGAAAGGGGAUUUUACAAAUGAUAUUAAAAUGUAAUGUACAAUGCUAAUCUUAAAAUAAAUUAGUAUUUUAGCGAUACACAAAUAAUGUUUGAUUUGUAGCUUCCUUUAUUUCAAAGAAACCUCCGUCUGUUCAUUGAAUGUUAAAAAAAAAUAAAUAAUGAGCUAUAAUAUGAUCUGUGAAAUAUAAACAUUAACAAUCAGAACUGUGACCGAUAUCAAGAGUUCUGCAGACUAAUGAAAAAAUAAUUAUAUGUAUUGUAAGAUAAACUUAAUUUUAUUUUUAUUAAUUAUUUUAAUUAUUUCUUUAUGAUCAAAAUAUUGUAGAUGUAGAUAUAAAGUGUUUGUUGUUAUUGUUAAUUAUAGUUCAAUAUCAUUGAUAUAACUUGAAAUUGUCUAUCAUCGCCAAACAGAUCAUGAUUAUUUAUAGGGUUCAUUCUUGUUUUAAGUAAUAACAGUAAUAUUUAAAUUAGUGUACCUCAAUCUAUGCAUCUUUUUAUCCCCACAAGUUAAAAAUCAUCUACUGGCUGCUGGAAUCAAUACUCAUUACCUCUGUACUCAUUGUCAUCAUUUCUUAUGAUAUACUUAACCAUUAAAUAUAUUUUAAGUGGAAUUGCAGUAGCCUCUCAUUGAGCAAAUAUUUUUUAUAAUCACAGUAAUGCCAACUGUUCUGGAAGUCUGAUUUCAGUAGACGUUUGGAAUUGUUUUCUAUACCCCUCUACCUCAGAAAUAGAUAAAAGGGCCUUUUUUCAACCUCCGAUCUCAGGCCACGAUGGCCAGACACGUAGCAGGUCAGUGGUGUGUGCAGUAGUCGAUUGCUCAUCUUCCCCGUUACAACUUUUGUCAUUGUCAAGUUCAAGUAGCUAGUUUGUGUUGAGUUGCAGUCUUCUAAACAAAGCCGCCUGUAUUGUUUCUCCUGCCAAAUGUGAAUUUAGGAAUGUUGCUCAUUUCCUGCAGAAGGGAAUAGUGCAGCAGAAAUCCAUUGGAGAAUUUUCCGUGUUUACUGAAAAAAACAUCAUGAGUGGUGGUGAAUCACAUCAAAAGUUUUAAGAUGGCCUAAUGUCAAAUUCAAGGAAUGUCAAAGCUGAUGUCAUUCGGCAAUUUUUGUGGGUGUCAGACAUCUUUGGCACCCAGCGAGCACAAAUCUUUUUGUAGCCUAAAUGUUCUAUAACAAAAGAUUAAAAAGAAGAUCCUGACAUUUCUGAAAAUUCCAAAGACAAAGCACUUUUUGUGAAUAUACUGUUUCUCCAAGCUUUUUGUUAAUUUGUUCAACAAAGUAGCAAUAGACUUUCCUCUAUGUCCUCCUUCAUUGUGCACGUUAGUUCGGCGAUCUUUAAACUUUCUACAUCAUUUACGGACCAACACCAUCACUCAUAAUAUUUUGUCUGUAAACACUAAGAAACAAAUAACACUCCUCAAUUCACAUUUGGUGGGAGAAUCAAUGGAGGCAGCCAUGUUUAUGUGGCCACAGCUCAGCGCAAACUAGCUACUUGAACACAGCAGUGACAAAUGUUAUAGCAGGGAAGAUGCACAGUUGACUACUGUGCACACCACGGACCUGCUAUGUGUCUGGCUAUCAUGGCUUGAGAUUGGAGGUUGAAAAAAAUGGCCCUUAUAGACAUAAAAGACAAUAUAAGUCACUUUAAAGCUCUUACUGAAAAGGAAAAUGUUUAUAGUUAAAAUUCAAUAAAAUGUGAAAAGGAUGUACAACACUAACAGGGUUAUUGCAGUUACAUAUCUUGUCGAAGAUGAAUUCCAAAUACAUGUAUUAUAGUUAAAUUAUUUAAAAAGAGAUGCUCGUUUUUGCAGUUAUUAAUAUUGUAACAUAAAAAUAUUUUUUUGUUAUAAUGACAUUGUCUAGUAGCAUUUAAUAAUAAUUUUAACAAUGAAACCAGUUUGGAAGGAAAAUUGUAUUAUUCAAACCAACAUAAAUGUAAAACGUUAAAUGGCCUACAUUAAAAAUAUAAUUAAAAUAGAAGGGGGUUAUAACUUGUGUUGAAUUAAUUGUGUUCUUUCAUUGUAUAAAUUACAAAGUGAUAAAUGCUACUUUUAAAUUUAUUUAUUUUCCCCUACACCACCUUUCCCCUCACAUAUUUUUUAAAAAGAUUUAACAAUUUAGCAAUCUUCAAGAAAUGUAAUGAAAAUCUCUUAAAAGCUUCUGGUUUACUUUUUUCAUUUGAAAGUUUAUAUGAGCGAUUAUUACUUUAUUUUCACUCUUUAUCUACAAAUACCUCAUUAUAUCAUAUCUUCACUAUUGCUUUAGAUCUUAAUUAAUUAAUGGCACUAAAGCUUAUUUGUGAAUAGGUGUUAACAGCAGCUAAGGACAUGCAGUGAGCGUUAAUAUAAUUUAAAAAUUUAUUUUCGGUUAGAAAUAUUAGCUAUGGCAUUCUGGUAAUUUGCUAUGGCAGAGCAGAUUAUUGGUCAUAUUCUAGCCAGUGCAAUGGAAUUACAUGUGGGAAUUUCUAAGACAUCUGUCCCUCAGUAUUAUUGUGACAGUUGACCACUAGUAUAAGUGCAAUAACAUCACGCUACUACAGCACUUUGUAUUGAGUAAUCCUUACUUUAGUGUGGUUUCAAUUUUUAAAGUACACGUUUUUAUGCACUUUGCUUUUGUACUGUAUUUAGAUUAUUUAUAUUGUCGUACACUUUUUGCUUUGACAGAUAAAUGACACUAAUCAUACACGAAACUGAAUAAUAUUUCAGACCUAAUAGUUUUAUAAAAUUGGUUGCUGCUGGUCUAUUUUCCUAUUUAUACAUGUUGCUUGAAUCCCCAUAACAUUUUAAAACCUUUAUUAAAUUUCUGCUUUGAAUAUAUAUAUAUAUAUAUAUAUAUAUAUAUAUAUAUAUAUAUAUAUAUAUAUAUAUAUAUCGAUGUAUAAUAUCAUAUAACAAGAUUAAUGAAAUACUUUUUUCGGACUUUGCAGUCAUUGCGCAUGCAGUACACUUACAUCUUCACAUCUACAUCUACACCAAAAACACUUCUGCAAAAUGCAAAAUUCAUUCAGCAGUGAAUGUAUUAAAACCCCAGGGUAUCCUCUUGUACAAUACAAGUAAAAAUUAUAUCUUGUUAGUAGUGAAAACAAAAAAUGACAUCAAAUGCUCUUACAUAGCUCUCUGUUUUUCUAUGUUUUUUAUGAUCAAAUACUUGAACUAAUUACAUUUCAAGAAGUGCUCACUAUACAUCAGUCCAAUAUUUAUGAUAAGAGUGUUGUUUACCUAAUAAUAGCUGCUUAAAUUAGGAAAAGUGAGCUAGUACUGUUCAAUUGUAGCACAUAAUGUAGUUGUAGUCUUUCUAUUAUGCUUAAAUACAUCACUCAGUUUAUAUUAGACUUUAAAGUUGUUUCUUUUAAUAAUAAAAUAAAUUCAGUGUUCCUCAACUUGUUAUUGUUUUGUGUACCAGUUGAAGUAAUCUUCAGUUUUAUAUAUAUAUAUUUCAAUGUUUCAGAGACUUAACAUGAUUAAUAUUGGACGUUUGUAGAAAUUCAUUGUUAUUUUUUAACUACAAGAUGAACAUAUCUUGUCAUUUGUCAUGUUCGUUAAUGUGUUGUGAUUUCAUUGUAAAAACUGUAUGUAUUUUACUAUUGUAAUUGUUUUACAACUCUGAUACUUUUUUACGGUAAUAUUUUUUUAGAAUAAGGUUCUAAUUUUAGGUCCUAUCUUUUAAGUGCAUUUGCAAUUCAAUAACUAGCCAUAGUAAAGGUAGCGAUUUUAAAACGAUAAAAGUUGAAUUUUAAGGUUUUAUUUCAUUUUUAAGCGUUUAAGAACUAGCACUAAGAAGAAUUUGUAUUAUAUACAAUUUGUAACUCAGUAAAAUAAAAUUCAAAUAGAUCCCCAAUAAACAUCUCUAGUAUUCCAAUAAUGUUUAUCAAAAGAGAUGCAUAUAUUAAACAAUACUCUGUGUUACAAGUGUGAAAAUGUUUCUUAAUCAGUACAAACAUUGUCAUACCACAUGUCUUAACAAAAAUAUAUCUGCCUCAUUACCAAAACAGUAGCGUUUCACAACCCAUACUGAAAGGGUUUAUAUCUAUAACAUUGUUUGUAAUUGCCAAAUUGAAGAUUAACUCAUUGGCUUAGUGUAACAACUAUUACUCGUGCAGACCUCACCUGGAAACAGGAUUUGCGAUGUACUAUUAAUAGCAGUUUUAAUUAAUUUAUUCCACAUUGUGUGACAAUACAAUUUUUGCAGAUUUUUCAGUAAAUUGAUUUCCAUUGUAGUAGGCCUAAAAUUGUAGCCUGCUAUGAUAUUACUGCAUGUUUCUAAUGCCAGUUUUACAAAUACUAUUUUAUUAUUUAUGUACAGCUGUUAUCAUUAUUUUGUUCUGUUAUGAGGCUUGAGGUUAGCAUGUAAAAAAAUUAUCUUAUUACACUAUGAAACAUUAGUAUAAAUUCUUUAUACUUCUUAUUAUAAAUCAUUAUACUGAGUAUAAAAUGUCUUUGUAUCUUUACUUUGUUUUUAUAUUUUAAUAUUGUUUUAAAGAUAAAUUUUUAUAAUUGUGUCUUUGUUUCUACUAAAAUUGUGUAUGAAUGUUACAAAAUCUGUGUUCAGUGGAAAGUGAAUAAAAGAACUACACAUGAUGUGUCCUACUCAAAAUUGUUAUAUUUUUCAAAUAUUAAAAUAAAAAUUUAUAGCAAUUUAAUUUUGAUUAAUACUGUUACAAAAUGAGAAUAUAUAAACAAACUAAAGGUGAAAAAUGAUUUGGUAUUAAAAAUGUAAGGAAACUAAACAAGAAUUGAUAAUUAUCAUACAUAUUUUAUGAACAUGAAGACAACAUUAACAUGUUUAGUGCAGCAGACUCCUUAUGGCACAGAAUCAGAAUGAGAGUAGUCAAUAUUGUAUAAUGUUCAUUUUUGUUCUGUAAGGGAAGGGAAGUUUAAAGCUUGUAACAAAGUAAUACAAAGUUCUCUGUAUUAUAUACGUAAAUGUGAUCUCUCCAAUUGUAUCAAAAAGAAUGAGUGGCCAACAAUUGUUUCACAAGCCAGUGUAGAGAUCCACUCACGUUACCUUAAUGUUGAGUGUUAUCCAGAGUAAAUAACUUAUUUUCUAAACUUUUACAUAAAUGUAAUACAGAUUAUUUACCCCAAAAUAUUGUAAAAAGUAUUGUUUAUUAAGUGCAAGUACAGAUUAUUUAGUCUUUGGUUACAAAGACAAGUGAACAAUGGCAUUCCAUAGACUUGCGUAGCUAUUGAAAAAUUAACUGUUUUGACUUGUUUAAACUUGUUUUAUAAUGAUAUGUCUAUUCUAUUGGGUUAUGAGAUAAUUGAGUAAAAUUUAUAUAAUUCACAAAUAAAAAUUUAAUUUUUCUUUAAACUACAUGAAGGUCAAUAAUUAGUGUAAACUUUUGUUAAGUAAAUAGAAAUUAUUUUUGAAUUAUGAUAUAUCAAAGCUUGUUUUUUAAUGUUGAAGACAUGAUACAGAUAAUCUUUUAGAUUUUUUCAGGGGAUCAAAUCACAAAAAAAUCAUACUAAUUUCAAUACUCAGUAAAGUAGACUUUUAAUAAAUUUCAGUUCUUCAGUGAUAAUGUUGGUCAAAUGUAACUUCAGAAAGUGAUUUAAGUUUUUAAAAAUGCCAUAAGCAUUUAAAGAAUUUUGAACAAUUACAAUUUCUUAGUAUGACCUUGUAAUUUUUAUUCACAGUAAAAUUUUAAUUUAAGCUAGAUAAGUGGCACAAAUAUUUUUACUUAACAACGAUAAUAAUAAUUUAACACAAUAAUUAAUACAGUUUUAUUGAUUAAGUUGAAAAGUAAAUAUGAUUCAAUUUAAGUUCAAAUUUCCUAUUAAUUUUAUGUAGUUUCAAUUUAUAAUUUAAUCUAUGAAUAAGGAAAUUUCUGUUUCUAUGUAUUGGCCAUUGUAAAUAAAAUUGAAAUCUUAAACUCCAUAUCAACAUAAUGUACAGAUAAUUAAAACCAUUUUGUAACAAAUGCUGAGUAUUUUUGUAUUGUGCAAGUGAGACCACUGUUUUGUUUCUUGUGUGUUUUCUAAGCAGGGUAUUUAUGACAAAGCUGUAUUUAUUAUAGUUUUGUAUAAUCUUCAAUACAAGAUGAACCAAAGUUUAUACUGUGAGUUUGUAGGUGAAUAAAAAGAGGGUAUGUUACCA